AAAUGUAAAUCUUGCAAAAAGUGGAGUACAGUAUCUGUAUUUGAAGGUUUAUCCAGUCAACCAAGUAAAACACACAUUGCAAAUUAACUAUUGUGAAAUAAUUAAAACAUUAAUUGUACGUUCAAAUAUGCAGUGGUUCAUAGCCAGCAUUCUGUUGCUUAUCUUGAGUCAAGGGCUCUGUUGUUUCUUUACAUUUCGUAAAAGUCCCUCUGAAUCCCCUGCCACAUUGUCCACGGAAGAGUCUUCUUACAGUGCCAAAUCUACAAGAAGUCGAUUCUAUAUAGAAGUCGAAGAAGGUCCCAAUCAUGUCACGACCAUCAACGCCAUCAAGAAAUUGCCCCCGAUUAAAAAUCAAAAACUUGAUUCUGGCAUUGUCCUCGACGAAUUUGUCCUCGAACCAGAACCACCAUCCAUUCAGUCGCAAAUUGACCCAAGUGAAGACGAGGUCGACUUGUCUACCACGACCCCUGAUCCCAGAGACGCCGAGAUUCAGAAAGAUUGGAAAGGAAGCUGCGAUGCGAAGCAUUGGGACGUUUGCUCUCAAAUGGACGAAAUUCAUGUCCGGAACGUUCACAAUAAAACGAAGGAAGGGAAAACGACGCUGGUUCAUCUUCAACUAAACUGUAUCAAUCUCAAUAUCACGUGUCUCUCGAACGGCUGGACGGUGAAUAGGUGCCAGCUAAUUUGCAUGUCGAAAUGCAACACAGAAAUGCUGCAAAAAUAUGACGAAUACGUGGACCAUGAUGGCCCUUGUAACUAUACAUGACAUGGUGCAAAUUGGAUUAUAAUGUAUACAAGUUACUUUGAGGAUAUCGAUAAAAACUUAUUGUGAUGUAAGAAUUGUGAGUUUACUGUAAUAUAUAUCAUGAUUCGAAUACUA